GCCGUUUGAACCGACACGUGGAUCAACCUUGACACAGCAUUGCUGUUUUUACUUAUUGACUGCACAGUGGUUGUGCAUUUGACGGCAUUUAGCCACAGAUACCUCACAUCUUGAGUACCGUAUUGCAGAAUAUCCUGUAUUUCGCACUUUACGCGUCACUCUACGUGUGGUUAAAUCUAUAAUUUGGAUUAUCGUUUCGGAUUUCUUUUGGGAGAAAUUCACAACAUGUAUAUAUUUUUUGGACUGCUGCUGGUGUAAUUCAGUGUCAAUUAUAAAGUGCUUUUCCUCAAGUCGUGUUCUGCUUCUUCGCUCUACCCUGCGUGCUUGAUCUGUAUAAUUGUUUGUGUUGUUCUAUUACAGCUGUAUGGCUGAAGAGAAAGUAAAAGUUGGGUGUCGUGUUAAAAUAACAUCGAGAGCGGUUUUUGGGACCGUUGCUUUUGUCGGAAUAACACAAUUCUCACCAGGUAAAAAAUUUUUGUUCUCAUCGCGGACUUAGGAAAAUGGGUGGGUAUAAUACUAGACGAGCCCAAAGGGAAGAACAACGGCACGGUUCAGGGGAAACGCUACUUUACAUGUGAGGAAAAUUUUGGGAUAUUUGUGCGCCCAUCUCAGCUUACUCUUCUAGAUGGUCCGGAAAGAUCAGACGUGAUGAAGUUAUCCACAUCUAGCGUUGUUUCCGAAUCAGGUGGCACUUCAGAAUCAAAGGAAGUUACAAAACUUGCUGGUUCGACAUCUUCGUUGUCUGUAGGAUUGAAAACUCCUGAGACAGUUAAAGUUCCAUCAGAAAUUGAAAAGACAUCACAACUUCCACCAACUGGAUCUAAUCCAGACCUUGUACGAAGUAGUCCAGCUCCAACAUCAACAGCUUUAAAACCUGAAGCUGCCUCUGCAAAAAUUGAAAGUCCUUCUAGUAAGCCUUCUGCGGAUAAACCUGUUGCAGCAGAUGUUAUGAAGUCCAGUGACAUAAUGAGUAAAUCUUACACACAAAUUUCAAAAUCGGAUAGUCCGACUCGUAAGAUGAUAAGUGGGAGUAAACUCCCCACUUCUACUACCACUACUACAUCAACACCGCCUAUCCCUACUGGUAUUAAAAUGCCAAUAAAUCCUUCAGAGAUCUCACAAACUACAGCAGCACUUAGUAAUGUAAAAGCGGCUGCGCAGAAGGUGGAUUCUGAAAAUGCACCAAGUGAACUUAGAGAUACGUCUCAAAAAAUACCAAAAACAUCUGUAUCAGCUGUUCCAAGUGGUACUGGUAAGUACAUCCCAGACACAGAGUUGGAACUGGCAAAUCUACGUGCUGAAGUAAUCGAAUUUCGUGAACAAAUUGAUGCUUUAAAAGCUAAACGGGAAGAAGAUAAAAAUAGAAUACAAGAAUUAGAACGUGUUAAAAUUCAGCUUUCACAAGUUGAAGAGAAUCGACGUCGAAUCCGACAACAAGCAGCUGAAUUACAACGUGAAAGUGCUCAAUUAAAAACAGAAAAAGCUGAAGUCAAAGAAGCAUUUGAUCGUUAUCGUGAAGAAGUAUCUGAAAUGGUUGAAAAUAUAGAAAUGAUCACUUUAGAUAAAGAAAUGACCGAAGAAAAACUAGAAAGAUUGACUGGAGAAAUUGAAUUACUUAAGGAACAAGUAGAAGAAUUAACUCUUGAGAAUCAAAUCUUGAAAGAAGAAUUUGAAGAAAAAGUAUCAGUCGGUGUUGAAGGCGGUCCAACUCUCUUACAGUUUAAAAAUCUUGAACAACAAAAUGAACGAAUGAAAGGAGCACUGGUCAAGCUACGUGAUUUGGUUAAUCAAGAUAAAUCGGAAAUUUCAGCUUUAACUAAACAGAUUACAUCUUUAGAAUCAGAAGUUAGUCAACUUCAAACAGAAAAAGAACGAUUAACAAAAAGUUUAAAAGAUAGUGUUGAACAAAUUAUUGAAUUAAAAGAACAAGUGGAUGCUUACCUCGGCAUUGAUACAAUGGUCAGUCAGUUGACACAACGUAAUUUAGAACUGGAAGAAACGCUUGAGAAAAUUAAAGAAGAAAGAAAUGAUCUGCAAGUAAUAGAUGGAGAAAAGUCUGGUGUGUUUUGUAGACAGACAAACACUAGUAAUAUAAAUGAUUCUGUAUUCCUUAGUCCAUCGAAUAACAACAGUAUGAACAAUAUUCGCCGUGGUAUCGAUGAUGCUAACAAUAAAACAACUGGAACAAUGAAUAGAACUCCGAAUAGAGAUAUGGAUGGAUUGAAGCCGCCAUCAUUAAAUGCUGGAAUGGAUUCUGGCAAUAAUAUGCUUACAGACAAACCAGUAGGUAGUAGCAUUGGCAGACAUAAUUCAAUGCGAUCGUUGGCUGCAUCUAAUCGACCAACAAGUCUAUCAAGAACAGCAAGUGUUCGACGGGACAGGGAUUCUGGAUUAAUAUCCAAAGCACUCGGCUACAUGUUUGGCUGGUCAUAAAUUGGAAACCAAUUUUUGGGUAUUUACCAGUUUCGAUUAUUGGUAAUACCGGAUAUGUAGUUAUGGUUUUCUGAGAUUCAUCUUAUCCUAUGCCAUAUUGUAAAAUAAAAGUAUAACGUUAUGAUCACAAAACAUUACACAUUUUUUUU